AUGUCGCUAAGGAGUCUGCAGACUUGUAUACUCGCUGCUUCGUGGAGCCAUUGCGGCAUCCACAUCGUUCCCCGUCGCCACCGCGCCCCGUUUAGAGGGCUGCUUGGUGGAGCCAUCGCGGCGCCCACGGCCUUCCCUGCCGCCGCCGCGCCCAGCCUGGAGGGCUGGCUCGCGAGGGACGGGCAAACCUCCGACACCAUCUACCUGGGCGACUUGACUAGCACACGGGCGAGAGGCAACUACUACCUCACGACAAACCCGUCGCCGCUGUUCGGCCGGGGUCCGUCAGGCCUGAGGCCCGACGACAACCAGGCGCGGCGCCGGCGCGCCUCAACUCUCACCAGGCUGCUUAAGUACCUCCGGUGAUACCUGCGGGACACGUGGGACGGGACUAGGACAGCUGUGCGGAUCGUUUUGGGUCUACUGCUGUGAGGGACUGAGGUAGAGUUCAAUGUUGACUUUUUUUAUCCACAACGAGGAAGCUCUUGGCCUGUAUCUCACCUGAUAAGUGACGAUCAGGCCGAAGGUGGAAGCGAGCUUCACCCGGAAUCCUCAACCACGGAGGAACUGGCUAUCUUACCUCUAACCGCCGGAACACAAUAAUGCUGUUAACAUUGACUUGGUUUUAAGUGCUAAAACUAUUUUGAUAUGAUUUGAAGUGCUACUAUGAGGGAGUGAUGUAGAUAGUGCUGAUUGGUUUUCAAAUGAGACAGUGUUUGGUUUUUAUAAAUGACGAGUCGUGAUGAUAUUUCUUGAUAACUUUCACCUAAUGAAUUGUAUUUUGUAGUCCCACCAUCUUAAGGUAGACCAUAAGUCCGACUCAGCGUUAGACUGAUUAUUAGGUGGUCAAUAUUUCAUCCGUUACUUUUAGUAGCCUACUGGCUACCACUAUUUUCUUUCCUAGCCUAGCAAAGCGACAUUAUAUUAUGAUAAGUAAAGUACCUACAAUUUGUAACGUGGUAUAAUUUGUACAUAAUUUUAAUGAAAGAGAAUUUAAUUACAUUUACCCAAGUAUAUAUUUAUCCAUAUAGAGCUAUUAACUAUUAUAUUAAUAAAAACAAUAUGAUUCAAGUAUAUGCCAAAAUUGUCCAUGCCACCUUGAAGAUGCUUUAAGAUGCAAAAGGUCGCUUAUUUUGAUGUGUCAUGGUUCGAAGUAAAAUGUGAGGAGGUUUUUACUUAGUUAAAACUUAAAAUAUACUUGUAAAAAAAUAUAUUCUUAUUGUUAAAUUGUAUUGUAC